GACAAGCAAAAUACCUAAUACUUGUAUAAGCUGAGUGAGUGUUAUUUAAAAAUAGACCUUGAUAUUAAAGCAACGUUCUUAUAAAACUAAUAACUCAACAACCUCCGGCAGCAGCCUUGAGGUCUUGACAGCUGCACACACACAAAAACCGACCUCCCCCUUUUCCUCCUCCGAAGCCGAGCCGCUUCCUGUCUGUUGUGUUUUGGUUCCUGUUUUUGCUUUUUAGCGCUUGGUUGGUUUCUCCGUCUGUGGCCUACCCGAGUUCCGUAAUCUCUUGCGCUCCUACUUUCACCAAGUAAUUGUACGGCAUACUGCCAUGACGUCUGUGGAGCUAAGUCGUCAGUCUCAAAGGCAUUUGGCGUUCGUCUCGCUCUCUUUGGGAUUCUUAGUCAUCUGGACAGCUGUCCUGGCUGGUGUGCUGAUAUCCAAGACACUCAAGGACGAUACCAGUUCCAAGGCAGCAUUACGGACGCUGAAGAUGCACGAGGAUAUCGCCAAAGUUACCUUUGCUUUGGGUCACGAAAUGGUGUCGACAGUAGACUGGCUGCUCUCAGACAGUUCUCCAGGAGAGUCAAGUGCUGACCAGCGCGCCUUGGCCUUGACUUGGCGAGUCACCGACGAUGUGCUUGCAUCCACAUCACCAGACGUUGGCACAACAGCCCGCUUGACUGUUUUUCGCCAGACUGUCAGACGAAACUUCACAUCUCCUCUGGACACCUCUUCAUUUUACCUUUCCCUGUGCAACACCCUCCUGCACCGACACUUGUUUCCUAACUCACCUGAUGAACCAUCUGCAACUUUGGCGCAUGCACUCUUUGUUCGAGGUAUGUCCAUGAGGAUGGGCCAGCUGGCCUUGGGCACAAUUUAUGUGCGCUCAGCAGCAGAUGUAAAUGUCACUGAGUACGCUGGCCUGGGUGCAGUAAGCCAGGAGUUGCUUGAAACUGCCUUUCACCUUGGACCACGUGCUCGCGCACGCUGGGCGCAACUGCAGGAAAGGAGGCCCACAACUGCCCUGGACGACCUGGCUGAGGAUAUGGCAGCGGGCGGAACCCGGAAGGCAAAGCUCGCGCCGGUGUUCCUAGAAGAAGUGAAGCAGCAGCUUGCACUGCUGUUAAUGGCCCGCGAAGUUUUAGGAAACAGCCUGCAGGCAUGGGCCCAGCGAGGGGAACGGGGUGCUCGUGCAGCUCUGGCGUUCCACAGUUCCAUAGCUGGAGUGGCAUUAGUGGCAGUUCUGCUGUGCCUCAUUGUUGUGGGCUGCUCACUCAGAGAUCUAGGCGCACGUGAAUGCAAAUCUGACCUGGCUCCCAUCAUAGUCCCACCAGAAAAGUCACACUGUUAUAUGUAGUGUUGGCUAAAAGGCUCAGCAUAAGCAUGCACGUAGCAUUUCGACUGACAUUUUUUAGUUUGAGCUGCUUGGCAGAGAUAAGAAACGCUCGCUAAUUGCACAGCCUAUUAAGGUAAAAGUGACAUUAAUUUAAAUGGCAGCUAGGUUGGCAGGAAAUGUAGAUGUGACGACUGUUCGUAUGAUAUACUUUCUUGUGUUCAUUUUCUCAUAAAAGACAGGAACUCGGUCUGAGAAGCAAACAGUGGCAGGGAUACCGUCCAAACCCUUUGAAGUGUAUGCACAUUUUCCUCUUAUCAUUUGGUUUUAUGUAGGACUUACAGGUGACUAUAAAUGAUAAUUUGGGACAGUGUCGCAUGGUGUUGAUGAAGUUAAAGGCAGCAAACAGUGAGUGAAAAUUUCCUGUUCAUUCAUUCUUGUGACAAAAUAUUCUUGAUUGGCUCAAUCUGAGACACUGGUUAACAUCACAGUUAGCAUCUCGUGAGCUAAUGUGAGCCAGCAAAAGUACUGAAAAGCAGAUGUGGGAACUCUGUCAGCCCCAAUAAUAGACAUCUAUGCGAACCUGUAUGGGGAGAAGCUUGAACAGAAUGCUGCACACAUCUUACAAUAAUGCGCUUUGGGCAAAUUUAAUGUUAUGAAUAAAUAAAAGGAAGCUUUAUUUUUUGUAUGGGAAUUAAGUUAAUGUAAGUUAUUUCUAAUUAUUCUUGGUGUGUACCAUAUUCCUUGCCAAAACAAACACAUCAAUUUGUGCAUACUUCUGAAUCAUAGUUUAGAUAGUGUAAUCCAAUAUCAAAAAGUAGGGCUGACAGAUGGAGUAGCACACGUGGUGUAAAAGUUAUAGACGGGGCUAAGGUGCCUCAGAAAGGCUGUCCAAUGUUUUUAUAGGAGGACCUAUCUUCGUAAAAGGUGGCCUCAUCAUCUUCGGCAACUCUUACACAUGUCUGAAGGCUCCCUAACCUCUUGCUCCCCCAACACCCCACCGUCCUAUGUCCUUCUCUUUCUCAAAUUUUUUCUUCUGCCGCCUUCCCGCUGUUUCGCUCCUGUCCUCUCAUCUGAGAAACCACGCCUAGAGCCAUCAAACGACAUCGCUCAUUUUCUUUUCAGUCUCUCCCUUUACAGCCAGCCGACAACGACUGCAUGUGAUGUCACCAUACUAGCUCGUUAAACCUAACCUGCCGAGGAUGACGAGGCCACCUUUGAUGAAGAUAGGUCCUCCUAUCGAAACGUUGGCCAGCCUUUCUGAGGCACCUUAUCCCUGUUUAUAACCUUUAUACCAAGUUUAGAUAGUGUGUAUUUUGUGAUGAAAUCCCAGAUUUGUUACUUUCAAAGGAACAUCGCAUACCUGUAUGCAACAGGCAGCAUAGUCACAUCUGUAUUGGAAGCUGUGGUUCUUACUACAUGUAUGGCCCUUUUCAAAGUGCAGCAGCCAAUAUAUUUUGAAAAAUGGCAUAUCAUUUCAUAAGUGGCAAUUAAUUUGAAAUAUAUUCUCAUUUCUUUCAAUGUUGGCAACAACAUUGAGAAAUUAGGAGAAAAAAUAUUAGGGUUGGGGCUGGGGCCACUAUAGAUUUCAGAGCGAAAUUAAGGGCAAAUGUGCCUCCGGUGAAGUUAACAUAGACUCACAUUUUAAAAACAACCUCCUUUAUUUAUUUUUCUUGUGAAUUCAUGUUAACCAGAUGCAAGUGAAGGGUUGCGCAUAUACACUUGGACUUGCCCCUUUUUGACUUCAUAUACUGCAUGUUACCAGUAUAAGCAGCACAAUAUAUUUAUUUACAUUCCAUUGUAUACGCACCAUGUGCAGCAUGAAGAGUUUCUGGACUGGUUAUUGUAUUUGGCAGCCUCCACAAACUUAAGGCCACGAACUAAAUGCCUCUUUAUAUACGUGGGCUGCAGGAAUAGCCUUUUGCACAAUAACCUGGGCAGGUAUAAUGUAAGAAUUCGUUUUGUUUGAUCCUGCUUUCUUCUGCUCAUUUACCGCUCGUGAUCGACUGAUCCUGGUGAUCUCAUAGUUGGAGUGCUGCUCGGGCAAAUGGCAAAGCAGGAAAACGAAAUGCAUUGGAAUAGAAUUGUUACAUCAUCCCUGCCUUGGUUUCUUCAUUUAUGUGCUACAACCCAAUGACUGUCUACAAAUGCUGUGUAAUAUGAGCAUGAAUCUCUUUACACACAUCGUCAGCAUGUGUGUGACUUGUGUUUUGUAUUUUGUAUCAUAUCUGUAGUGUGUGCUCUUUAUUUUCUCAUGUGCUAUUUAUUGACCUUUUUACCUGUCAUGCUGUUUAGGUGAAAGGUUGCUGCACUGUACUGAACUGUGAUUGCAAAGAAGCGUUAGGCAGUUCCCAACCGUCAUAUCAGCAUUGUUAUACCAGUAUACCUGUUACCAGCACCAACUAUUUAUUGCCACAUCUGAGAGUGACUUCUAUAAUGUUGUGCACUGCCUAAAAGGUUGCAACAGCGUUCACUGCCCGUUCAAGUGCCUAGAAGUUCACCAUAACACAUACUGACUUGUAAGUCACUUAUGCAUGAAGCAAGCAGUCCAAAAGCGUAGUGUUUUAGAGCCUGUGACCACAUAUGCUUUAAUGUCUUGUAAGGUAUUUUGGCAUAAGAUGUGAUCAUGAGAAGUUAUACUGCUAUUUUUUAAUGUUACCUCACAUUGCAUGUUUUAUAGAUGGCCUAUGAGUGCUCACUUAAUAGCAGGCCCUUUCAUAAGGAAAAUGUUUCCGUUUUUCCACUUAACCUUUAGAAGGCCACGGUAUUUUGUGUGGUGGGCCGAAAGACAAAAAUAAAUGGCAUUUAAAUUUA